AUGGUGCUCGAAAAUGAGACCUAUAUUGCGAGACUACUUGAUAUUACGGAAAAUACCGAAGCUGGAAUUACCGUGUGUGCAGAUGGAGGAGGUUCCCAAUCAACAUAUUUGAGCUACCGCGACUUUCAUGCUUUGGUACGACAAAAAGCAGAUCAGUUACGUCUCCAGGAUGAUAUCGUCCCGGGCAAGAUUGUUCUGAUAUAUUUCCAAAGCCACUUGGAGGCUCUCACUUGGUUCUGGGCUUCGGUUCUUGUGGGAUGUAUUCCAGCGAUCUUUACGCCACUUGACGACAAGGAAGCUCAAACUCUUCAAUUAAAAAGAUUAAAUUUCCAAUUGGGCGGACCUAUUGUUAUCACAAUACGAGACCUCGCGAGCAGCUGCUUUUCUGAAAAUGAUGUUUUGGAAGUAGUUGCUGUGGAGGACAUUGAGAGCUUGAAACCCGCGGAAACUAGUCUGCAAAUCACAAUCGAUGACUUUUCAGAUACCAUACGACUCAUACCUGGAACUUCAGCAAAUUGCAGAUUCGACGGAGCGACGAGAUUUGCGAAUUCUAUCGACGAGGUUGCAGUCAUCAUUCUCACUUCUGAAAGAAACGGGUUCUCGAAAGUAGUCUGUCUGACUCAUUCACAAAUAUUUUCAUCACUCAAAGGGAUGAUGGCUUCCAUGCCUUUACCUUCUAAGUCCUCUCUUCUAAAUUGGACCGCUCUUGAUCAGUAAGUAAUACGAUAUGAUUCCCUUGUACCCCCCCCUCCCCCUUGGCCCACGACCUAUUUCAAAGUUAAGCUUCCACUUGAGUCAGAAGGAAUAGAAAGCCACAAUGCUGACUUUCUGUUUCAUUUCAGGUUUUCCAGUAUAGUCGAAAUCCAUCUCUGCGCGAUGUUUACUGGACUCGAUCAAGUCCAUUUCCCUACCCAGGAGGGUUUUAACGAUCCUUUGUAGUUAUUACGUCUGCUUUCCAAAUACAAAAUCUCUAGAACUUUUGCGCCAAGAACUUUCUUGUAUAAGCUUCAGUUAAGCCUAGACAGAGCAUCGACCGAGGAAACUCAGGAAAUGAACCUUGAUGACCUUCUUUACAUUGGUUUUAGUGGACAAGCGAAUCUUGAAGAUUGUGCCCGGAUUAAUGAUAUUUUCGCGAGAUUGAGAGGUGAGGAUAGGGAGGCCUUGUUAUGUUCUGAGAUUGGAAAGGUAGGAUAA